AUGGCUUCGUCUUAUGGCGUCCGCAAGGUCGGUGCUCCUAACACCUUGGAGCACCGAGUCUACAUCGAGAAGGAUGGCGUUCCCGUCUCUCCUUUCCACGACGUUCCUCUCUUCGCCAACGCGGAGCAGACCGUCCUGAACAUGAUCGUUGAGAUUCCCCGAUGGACCAAUGCCAAGCUUGAGAUUUCCAAAGACGAACUCCUAAACCCCAUCAAGCAGGACAUCAAGAAGGGCAAGCUACGAUACGUCCGUAACUGCUUCCCCCACAAGGGCUACCUCUGGAACUACGGUGCUUUCCCUCAGACCUGGGAAGACCCCAACUCGAUUCACCCAGAAACCAAGGCUAAGGGUGACAAUGACCCGCUCGACGUCUGCGAGAUCGGCGAGCUGGUUGGCUACGUUGGUCAGGUCAAGCAGGUCAAGGUCCUCGGUGUUAUGGCUCUGCUAGACGAGGAAGAGACCGACUGGAAGGUCAUCGUUGUUGACAUCAACGACCCCUUGGCUUCCAAGCUAAACGACGUUGAGGAUGUCGAGCGACACCUCCCUGGUCUCCUCCGUGCUACCAACGAGUGGUUCCGUAUCUACAAGAUCCCCGACGGAAAGCCCGAGAACCAGUUCGCCUUCACCGGUGAAUGCAAGAACAAGGCUUACGCCCUGGAUGUCAUUCGCGAAUGCGGUGAGGCUUGGGAACGAUUGAUCACCGGCAAGACGCAGCCUGGCGGCAUCUCUACAACCAACCUGACCGUGGCCCACUCGCCUAGCCGCGUCGGACCUGAGCAGCUACCUCCCCUACCGCCCAAUGAGGAACUCGCGCCCGAGAAGAUCGACAGCUCGAUCGACAAGUGGUUUUUCAUCAGCGGUGCCGCCGCGUAG